AUGAAGGAUUUGGGUCCUCUAAAGCAUUUUCUCGGUAUUGAGGUGGCUCGUAGUUCUACUGGGUUGUUUCUCUGUCAACGCAAGUACACUCUUGAUAUUAUUUCUGAGGCUGGAUUAUUAGGUGCGAAGCCUAGCAGUUUUCCCAUUGAGAUGAAUCAUCGGCUCGCUCAUGCUACCGGCCCUCCUUUGCCCGACGCGGCUGCUUAUCGUCGGCUAGUUGGCCGCUUGAUUUAUUUGGCCGUCACUCGGCCUGAUCUUGCUUAUUCAGUUCAUGUCUUAUCCCAGUUUAUGCAGGCCCCUCUUCAGGAGCAUUGGGAUGCCGCUUUGCGUGUGGUUCGUUAUCUGAAGGGCUCUUCCAGUCAAGGCUUGCUGUUACGAGCCGACAGUGAGCUCUCUCUUCAGGGUUGGUGUGACUCUGAUUGGGCCGCCUGCCCCCUUACUCGUCGCUCAUUGACCGGCUGGAUUGGUUUCUUGGGUAAUUCUCCACUCUCUUGGAAAACCAAGAAGCAGCAUACUGUUUCCCGCUCUUCUACGGAGGCCGAAUAUCGCUCCAUGGCGGCUAUUACAUGUGAGUUGAAAUGGUUAAAGGGUUUGCUUCUGAGCUUGGGUGUUCAUCAUCCCAAGGCUAUUCAUUUGUUCUGUGACAAUCAAUCUGCUCCUUACUUGGCUAAAAAUUCAGAGUUUCAUGAACGCACCAAACAUAUUGAGGUUGAUUGUAAUUUUGCGCGGGAUGCUAUUCUCGAUGGUUUGAUUGCCCCUACGUAUGUAUCUACCAAGGAUCAAUUGAUAUCUUUACUAAAGCUCUAG